AUGGUAGAAAGCAGUAGCAACAGCUCCACAGCACUUAAGUCUCUAAUUCCAUAUGAUGAGAACAACCAUUUUCCUUUGGAGAACAUUCCAUUUGGAGCUUUUCAGAAUCCACAUCAUAACCACGUGCAUUGUUGUACUAGAAUCGGUGACAAGGUUGUUGAUCUUGCCAUUCUAGAAUAAAAUGGACUCUUCGAUGGGCCAUUAUUCACUCAGUUAAGACCUAAAGUAGUCUUUGAGCAUCAUCACUUGAACAGCUUCAUGGAUUUAGGAAAAGAUUAUUGGCAUGAGGCAAGAGUUACUAUCUAGAAUUUAUUUGCAGAAGGUUCUACCAAGAUAAGUGAGGAGAUUCUUUCUAAAGCUUUGUUCGAUCAUGACCAGGUAUAAAUGAAAACUCCAGUAUUCAUCAGAGAUUACACUGAUUUCUAUUCCUCUAAGAAUCACGCCUACAAUGUAGGAGUUAUGUUCAGAGGUCCAGACAAUGCUCUUCAACCAAACUGGCUUCAUCUUCCAGUUGGAUAUCACGGCAGAGCAAGCUCAAUAGUUUUGAGUGGCUAGGAAAUUGUGAGACCAAGAGGUCAGACAUCAGCAGAUUAAAAGAAUCCUAACUUCUCUGAGUGCAAGAGACUUGACUUUGAGUUAGAAGUUGGAGCAUAUGUAGGCAAAUCCAAUUAACUUGGGAAACCAGUGAAGAUUUCAGAAGCUCCUGAUUACGUAUUUGGAUUUUGCCUUUUGAAUGAUUGGUCAGCAAGAGAUAUUUAAGCUUGGGAAUAUGUUCCACUUGGACCAUUCAAUGCUAAAAAUUUUGCCUCAACUAUUUCACCUUGGGUUAUUACUGCAGAGGCACUCGAGCCAUUCAAAAUUAAGCUGCCAGUACAAGAGCCGGCUCCUCUCAAUUAUUUGAAAGACGAGAAUAAUUAUUCCUACGACGUUGAAUUAGAUGUUUUGCUCACAACCAAUACCCUUACCGAGCCAUAUACUAUUUCAAAAUCUAACUUCAAACAUAUGUACUGGAGUACUAAUCAAUAGCUAGUCCAUCACACUGUAACAGGCUGCAAUUUGAAUGUUGGAGAUUUACUAGGAUCUGGCACAAUCUCAAGUACAGAAAAGAGUGGAUACGGUUCUCUACUGGAAAUAUCUUGGGGAGGCAAAGAACCUCUCAGUCUACCAAACGGUGAAUAGAGAACUUUCCUAUAAGAUGGAGAUACUUUGAUAAUGAGAGGCUCAUGUAAAGGAAAUGGCUUCACUAUUGGCUUUGGAGAUUGCAGUGGUAAAAUCUUGCCAGCCUUGGAUGAAUCCAACUUUUAUUGA